UUGGAGAGCAUCAAUUUAUCAGCUGCACAGACCUUGAGAGCUGCUUUCAUAAAGGCAGAGCAGGAAAACCCAGGUCUGACCCAGGAUAUCGUUAUGAAAAUACUGGAGAAGAAAAAGUUAAGAAUCAACUACAGUGAGUGUCUACUUCGCAUGGCUGGAGAUGAUGUGAAAGAGUUUCUGAUUGACAGGCCAGAGCCCGAGUUCCAGGAGCUAAACGAGAGAGCCCGAUCUCUGAAACACAUCCUCAGCACCUUACCAGAUGAGCUCCAUGACAGAGCAGGCUUCCUACAGACCAUCAAAGACAUUGCCAGUGCCAUCAAGGAGCUGCUCGACACAGUGAACACUGUCUUCAGGAAAUACCAGUAUCGGAACAGACGGGCACUGGAAAGGCAGAAGAAAGAGUUUGUGAAAAACUCCAAGAGCUUCAGUGACACUCUCAAAACGUACUUCAAAGAUGGAAAAGCGAUCAACGUGUUUGUCAGCGCCAACCGACUCACUCACCAAACCAACAUGAUCCUGCAGGCCUUCAAGACGGUGGUGUAGCAGCCCGAGAGGACAUUUUGAUAAGAGAAUAGAUGAUGUGAGGCUUUGUAAUUUGUAAAGACUUUUUUUUUUAUAAUUUUUUGGCUGUAUAAUUUAUAAGUCUGGGGCUUUGAGGGGAGAUCAGGUAGUCUGAGGUUCAAAGCAAAUCAGGUUGACAGUAAUUGCUUGGGAUUUUUAGCUCUCUUUUAUGUUGUUCUUUUAUCAGAUUCUUAAGUCGAUAUAUCUCCCUUCCUUUAUAUAUUUCCCUCUGUGUUCAGAACGGUGUAGCUCUGAAAAAAGUUCAGAAGAAAUGUGAUUAUUCCCCCAUGUCCUUAAAAGUUUGGGGAUUGCACAAAUCUAAAAGAAGUGCAAUGAAAAGAAAUUGUAUUAAGUUUCCAAAUCAUUUCCAUCUUGUCAUUCUUCUAUUGUAAAAGAUCAUCUUGAGCUAUACGGCAGUAUCAUAUACUUGGUACCAAUACUCUGGCACUAUCAGCAUACAUCACAUUUAACUUAAAUCUGAUAUGUUCUUAUCCUGAAUGGAAAUCAAGAUGUGCAGUAAUGUUUAUGCAUUGAAAUGGAGGAUGUGUUCACUGUCUGCUUUCUUUGUGCUGUCUGCUCCGCCCUGUGCAUCAUAAAGAACAACACUAAGGGUGAGCAGUAACUCA